CGAAAUGCUGUGCGCCUCCUCGACGGCCUCUGAUCCGAAUGACGCCGAGAUGACGGAGGUUGCGUGGACCGCAGAGCCGCAGUGGGCGCCCAGCCGAAGUGGGCACCCAGCCGCGCCGCCGCCGACGCCGUUUGCCGCGAGUGCAACCCGGCAGCCGUGGCUGAAAGUGCCGCUGCAGAGCUGGUCGCAGCCACGUCCUACGCCGCAGCCAAGCAGCCCGCCGUCUGCGACGCGCGCGCGCGCCUCCUUCUGCAGUCCCGAGCUGCUCGGCGCGAUGACGGCGCUCGGCUUGCAGCGGUCGGAGCCCUCGAUGCUUGGGCGCGGCUGGUCGACUGUUGUGACGGAGGAUGGGCAGAUGUGCGCGCAACACGUCUCUGGCGAGCUAUCGUGGCAAGACCACCCCGAGAGCCAUCCUCUCUGACCGCCGAGGCGGUGCGAGAUUAGAUUGUGGCGUGGGCACCCGACCCUGCGGGCUGCUGGCCGCCUGCCGCCAACCUCUCUCCCGCCUUUUCGCUCAAGCGGUGGUAUGUCUGUCGUCGGUCCGGUGGCGGCGGACGGGCCGACGACGGGCGGGCCCGGGCGGCCGGGGGCGCGGGGGGUAAACGGGGGCCUCGAGGGCCGCGGGGCUGCGGGUUGGUGGUGCAUGUUCUCCAUGCUAGAGAAAGUCUACUAGAGUACGCCAUUGGCAACCAUUUUUUUUCGCCUUUGUUUCUCAUGGAGAGUUAGUAGCAGUAGC